AUGGAGUCUACGUUCAGCAGCCCCGCGGAGGCGGCCUUACAGCGGGAGGCGGGCGUCCCAGGACUGUUCACCCCUCCCGAAGACCUCGACCGAGUGUACGAGCUGGAGCGAGUCACGAAAUUUGUCUGCGAUUUGGGGUGUCAGCGGGUGGCCUUACAGUUCCCUGACCAAUUACUGGGAGAUGCCGGAGCAGUGGCUGUAAGGCUGGAGGAAGUCACAGGAUCUAAGAUGUUCAUUUUAGGGGACACGGCUUAUGGCAGCUGCUGUGUGGAUGUGCUGGGUGCUGAGCAGGCUGGAGCUGAAGCCCUUGUUCACUUUGGUCCUGCCUGCUUAAGCCCCCCUGCCAGCCUGCUGCCGAUCACCUUCGUCCUUGGUCAGCGUUCUGUUGCCCUAGAGCUCUGUGCGAAGGCCUUUGAAGCCCGGAACCCAGAUCCCACAGCACCGGUGGUACUGCUGAGUGAGCCAGCUUGUGCCCAUGCCCUAGAGGCUUUGGCCACUCUGCUGCGCCCAAAGUACCAAGAUCUGCUCAUCUCCAGCCCAGCUCUUCCCCUGCCAGUGGGGUCCCCAAGUUCACAGCCUGAGCCUCUGGAGCGUUUUGGACGACGCUUCCCCCUGAGCCCAGGAAGGUGUCUGGAAGAAUAUGGUGCCUUCUAUGUGGGCGGUUCUCAAGCCAGCUCUGACCCUGUCCUUGAUCCAGAUCUGAGCAGACUGCUCUUGGGUUGGACACCGGGACGACCCUUCAUUUCCUGCUGUCCAGACACAGGACAGACACAAGACCAGGGUGUCCAGGCUGGGCGGCUAAGAGCACGAAGACUGUAUCUUAUAGAGAGGGCCAGAGAUGCCCAUGUAGUAGGGCUGCUGGCAGGCACAUUAGGCGUAGCUCAACACCGUGAGGCACUGGCACACUUACGGAAACUGACUGAGGCUGCUGGAAAACGUAGCUAUGUACUGGCCCUGGGGAGGCCCACACCUGCCAAGCUUGCCAACUUCCCUGAGAUGGACAUCUUUGUGCUUUUGGCCUGUCCGCUGGGAGCCCUAGCCCCCCAGCCUUCAGGUGGCUUCUUUCGGCCCAUAUUGACACCAUGUGAAUUGGAGGCUGCCUGUAACCCUGCCUGGCCACCUCCAGGCCUGGCUCCCCACCUCACACAUUAUGCAGAGCUGUUGCCUGGUUCUCCCUUUUAUGUUCCACUCCCACCCCCUGAGUCAGAAUUGUGGGAUACCCCAGAUGUGUCGCUCAUUUCUGGAGACCUCCGACCACCACCUUCUUGGAAGUCAUCCAGUGACACUGGGUGUUCUGCCCUAACUCCAAGGCCCCAGCUGGAGCUAGCUGAGAGCAGCCCUGCAGCUUCAUUCCUUAGUUCCCGGAGCUGGCAGGGAUUAGAGCCCCGCUUGGGCCAGACACCAGUGAAAGAAGCUGUCCAAGGAAGACGAGGUAUUGCCAUUGCCUAUGAGGAUGAGGGAAGCGGCUGA